AUGUCGGAAGCAACGAUUAAGUCUGUGAAUGAUCAGACUAUUAAACUUGAACCACCAGAAUAUUCAAUGGAAGACGUUAAACGUGAAACUGAUGAUGAAUUUAAUUAUGUAGAUGGUAUUGUUAAGUCUGAAUCCUAUUUUGAGGAUGAUAAAACGUGUCUGGAAAGAUUUAUGAAUUCCGAAGUGACUAUAGAGGAAGAAGUCAAGCAGGAGGUAAUUGAGACACCUUCUUAUAAAUGUGACAUUGGUAAUGUCUCAUUUCCAGAAACUAAUUAUUUAAAAGAUCACCUGGCCGAUCACAAACCCAGUUGUAACGAAGAAGGCAUCCAUAAGUGUGAUGUAUGUCAUGAGUCAUUUAAACAAAUUUCAUUUUUGGCAGCGCACAUGGUUCUACAUAGCACAGAGCGCCCUUUCAAAUGUCAAAUAUGCCUUCAGACAUUCAAUCAAAAAAAAGGUUUGAAAAAUCACAUAGCUGUUCAUACAGGACAGCUCGCUUUCAAAUGUGAAAUAUGUGAUAAAGCAUUCUCUCUAGCAUAUAUUCUGAAAACGCACAUGAUCACUCAUUCCAAAGAGCGUCCUUUCAAAUGUGAUAUAUGCAAUAAGGUAUUUUCACGAAAAUCUUAUCUGAAAUCACACAUGAUGACUCAUUCAAAAGAGCGUCCUUUCAAAUGUGAUAUAUGCAAUCAGCCAUUCACACGAAAAUAUAGUCUGAAACAACACAUGAUUACUCAUACCAAAGAACAUUGUUUGAAAUGUGAAAUAUGUAGUAAAACAUUCUCACAAUCGGGUCACUUGGCAACGCACAUGCGUAUUCAUACAGGAGAACGUCCUUUCAAAUGUGGUUAUAUGCAAUCAGACAUUUUCACAAAAAUCUAA